CUUUCAAUCUUACCCAGGUACCAUACAAACACAGAACAACUUUUAUGAUAGUUAUGUUAUUUUGAUUGCAUUAGGAUCAAAAGAUAUAGCAUUUAUUUAAUUCAAGUUUUAUCUCACCAGUAUUCGUAUUGUAAUUCAUUUGUCAUUGGUAAAAGAUGGCAGAGAGCACUCUUCAAGACAGACUGCGUGAGCAUGCAGAGGCAUUCGAUGGAUUGCUAUCCUUGAUUCCAGCAAAAUACUACUAUGCCGAAGAUACCAGUGAUCAAUGGAAAAAGAAGAAGCAAACUAAGCAACAAGCUGCUGCUGCAAGGCGCGCAAAGCUUGAUCCAGAUUCUGCAAAGACCGCAAAGGAUGUCAUGGAUGAAAGAGCAAAGAAGAGAAAAUUGGAAGAGUCUGAGGAUGUUGAGGAGGGUUCCGAAGUCGAGGGCAUCGAGAAAGAAUUACCAAAACAAGGAUUGAAAAAGGCCAUCGAGAAGCCAGCAAAAAAGCUGAAGACCGAUGCUGAAUCCACAAAGGAUACAUCCAAAUCUGCGACACCAAAAGACUCUACAUCCAAGAAAGGUUUGACACCAGAGGAAGAGGCGGCAAAAUUGGAAAAGAGAAAUCAGAAAGAGGAACAGAAGAAGGCAAAGGCGGCCAAGAAGUCAGCUAAACAAAAGGCAAAGAAGGAGGAAGCUGCCAAACAAGUCGUCGAAUUACCAACCGAAGACACUCCUGCUAGUGAGUCGACUACAAAAGAUGAUGUGGCUGAAGAAGUGACCAAGGACACUGCCACUAACAAGACCCCUACCAAAAAGACAAUCGAGCAUGAAAUUGCGGCCGAUGAGGAACCAGAGCAUGAUCAAGAAAUUGGUCAUUUCGAAGCUGAAGGUCUAGAGGAGCCUGAAUCUACCAAAUCAUCGCCGCCCUCUUCUACUUUCUCCGCAACAAACGAGGACAAUGCCAGUGGAGGUACAUCCACAUCCUCUACUAUCCCUCCUACCGCCCCUCCUAAGCACAUCACCAUUCCAGCCGACUCUGAAGCUCUCCGUUCUAGAUUAGCAGCUCGUAUCGAAGCCCUACGAGCUCAACGUAAAGCAAACAAUCCCGAUGGUACCCCCGUUCGCAAUCGCCAAGAACUCAUGGACCAACGUCGCAGAAAGGAAGAGCAACGCAAAGCCCACAAAAAAGAACUCCGACUCCAAGCCAAAAUUGACGAAGAGGCUAGACGAGAAGCCGCUUUGGUAUCAGCACGAAGUAGUCCAGCAGGAAGCUUGCUCAGCCCUCUAAUUCGCUCACCCGAAAACAAUUUUGCUUUCGGUAGAGUCGCAUUCGCUGAUGGACAAAGUCUCAAUGAAGAUUUAACCGCACUCAAAUCCAUACCAAAAAAGAAGGGACCACAAGAUGCCAAUAGUGCACUUGCCGCCGCAGCCAAGAAACAAUCUCGACUAGAAGCCAUGGAUCCCGAGAAACGUCAAGAGAUCGAAGAGAAAGAACGUUGGCUGAUUGCGAAAAAGCGCGUAAACGGUGAGAAAGUUCGAGACGAUAGUUCGCUACUAAAGAAAACUCUCAAGAGAAAGGAGGCCGCUAAGAAGAAGAGUGAAAAGGAAUGGGGCGAUAGGAUGGAUGGUGUCAAAAAGGCAACUCAUAUGAAACAAAAGAAGAGAGAGGAGAAUCUCAAGGCUAGGAGGGAUGGAAAGGGUGGAAAGGGAAAGAAGGGUGGAAAGGGUGGAAAGCCAGCUGGUGGUGCAAAGAAGAAGAGUAGGCCGGGUUUUGAGGGUAGUUUUGGUGGUGGAGGAAAGAAGAAAUAGAGGCUGUUGUGAAAUGAUGUUCUGUUAGGGAUUUGAUUAGGUGUUUAGGAGUGAGGAUAGGAAAAUCAUAAUAGAGGAUGUGGUGGUUGGUAGGUAGGAUAGGAAAGGAAAGGAAAGUGAUAGUGUCAUGUCUAUGGAGUAGACUGACCGGGAGAAUCAUUCUCAUCCAGCAAAAUCGAUGCAUGGAUGAUGACAUUGUGGUUACUACAUUGGUCAUUAGAGAAAUCUUCUACAAUACCAUCUACAAUAAAUGUUUCCGUACAAGAUAAUUUAUGUGAACAACUGAAUCAUUAUUGAAAUAUCUCGAAACUAGAAUAUACAAACCACUGCU